GGUACACUGACUUGGAAAAGGAUAUUUGUGCAUUUGAAUUCCUAAUGGCUGGCAAUGCUCACUUCCAGUACAUUAGCUCAAAUGCACAAAUAAUGUCAAAGAAAACAAUCCAAAGGCAUGUGCAACUGGUGACAUGUCAGAUCAAUGAAGGAGUUCUUGAUGUCGCUGGUUUAAAGAAUUACUUGAUGCAGAAUGGGUAUCCGUUAGCUGUCGCGUUAUGCGAAGAUGGGACGAGAAUAACAGCUGCCGCAGAGUACGACUACGGAACAGACGCCAUCAGAGGACUGGUGGCACCGUUAGAUUCCAAAGGAUUUCCAAUCAAAGAUAUGUUUCCAGCAAGUACACCAUAUCGUAUUGCAGAAUACGUAAAUUCGUAUCCUUUAGGUAACUACGCGUAUGUUCAACUGGCAGUACCUCUUGCGAGUGACGCUGCACCGUAUGUCUUAUAUCAUUCUUGCACGAACAACCAAUUUCAAUAUAAAGAUGUAUUAAACCGCUGGACACAUACUGAACAUCUUCUUCAGUGUGAGGGGAUAAAAGUAAUCUCGCAUGCCUCAGAUGGCGACUCGAGAUUACUUAAGAGUAUGAAAAAUCGAGCCGGUUUAGAAACACAACCAAUUCCUUCCCCAUGGGGACAGUGGUUUAGGGUGAACUACGAAGACAGUACUCCAAUAAACGUACAGGACAUGGUACAUACUAUAAACAAAUUCAGGAAUCGAUUGCUGAAAAGUAGUAUGGAAAUAGGGAACUGUAUCAUUACUACGGAUCAUUUAUAUGACCUGAUAAAUAAUCAUAGUAAAGAUAAACAUGGGCUGUGCACAUCGGAUGUAUCUUUUAAAGAUAAAAUGAAGUUCCAGCCAACGAUUAAGCUGAUGAAUCUGGUUAUGAUUAAAUUUCUCGAGGAAAAAAUACCGAAUAGUAAGGGAACAGCCUUCUUUCUUGACUUGAUGCGUCGUAUGUACAGAUCAUUCAUUGAACCGGAUAUACCACUUCUCGAACGCGUCCAGGACAUAUGGACAACAAACUUCAUCGUUCGCGCUUGGAGGAACUGGUGUAAGCGGAACCACACAAAUUUGACAAAAUCAAUUACUACAAAUGCGUACAUAUGCUUAGAGCUCAAUGCUCAUGCAAUUAUUUUACUCGUGAAAGAAUGUCGUGACAACGAAGUUCCAGAACAGUUUGUAUUAUCAGCUUUUUCGAGUCAACCAUGUGAGCAACUGUUUAGAGAACUUAGAUCUAUGGCGACAUCAAAUCAAACUGUAGUAAAUUUCUCAAUUAAAGAGCUAACCGAGAAAUUAAAGCGGAUUUUUAUGAAAAGGCACAUUAUGUACAAACACCGAGAUAUCAUAAAGUUCCCAUUCAUGGAAAAACUACAACGGCGUUGUAAUGGAUUAACUACACUGCCAUCGGAUAUAGAGAUGAUAGAAGCAGUGGAAAAAGCACAAACUGUAGCUUAUGAAAUUCUUGUAAGCUUGGGAUUAAGCAGAUCAACUAUUGAAAUCCAAGAUUCAAUUGGUCUUGGGAUCAACGUACCUGAUAUCGAAUUUAUUGAUGUAGGUUUGACGGAAGACAGCACUGACUCUGAUGAACACUCGAUAGAUAGUUCUAGUCUGCCUAAGUUCGAUUUACACUGUGAAGAAUUAUCAGAUUCGGAGAAUGUUGAAUAUCAUGAUAAUAUGUCGAACCAAGCACAAUCGCACGAACUCCCGGACUGGCAAUAA